AUUUCCUUUGACCAAAAUGUUCUCAGCCAGUAAUAGUAGUACUCAUGAUAACUCUCUUCCUCAAUACAUUUCCUCAUCCUUUCACACCUCUUCUCCCUUUGUUGGUCUCAAUGGCAACCAAAUUCUCCUUCAUCAAUAUUACCAAAAUCAAUUUUCUAGUCAUUACCUGGCAAAGAACAAUUGUGAUGAUUCCUUGAGGUCAUUUCCCAUGAAGAAGAAACCGAAGAAAAGGGAGAGGUCAUGUAGUAAGAUUUUGACGGCUCAAGGUCCAAGAGAUCGAAGGAUAAGACUCUCCAUUGCCAUGGCUCGAAAGUUCUUUGAUCUUCAAGAACUUCUAGGUUUUGACAAACCAAGCAAAACCAUUGAUUGGCUAUUUACACACUCCCAAGUAGCCCUUGAGGAGCUCACUAAUUGGUCAACUCAUCAGACUCAAAUUUCAGGAGCAAUCAGCAACGAGGGUUUAGAAAGAAAUCCCAAAAGAGCAAAAGAAGUAACACUAAAAGAGUUAAGGGCAAAGGCAAGAGCAAGAGCUAGGGAAAGAACAAUCAAGAAAAUGUGGACCAAAAUUGAAACUAGCCACAAAUCAGCUAAUUUUUUUGGAAAGAAAGAUAUUAGGGAAAUGGAAGAACAAUUUUUCAAGAACAAAUUACAAGCAAACAAAGAAAUAAUUGAGGGAUCUGGAGUUACAAAAAUUAAGAUCAAGCCUUCUUUAAUCUUGGGUUUUAACCCUAAUCUUUAUGCUCCAAUAGAGUCAAGUACCUACCAUGUUGGCUCUUCCUUAUCACAAGAAGGCUUGAGAAGAGAAUUGUGGGCGGAUCUCAAAACUAUUGCUAACACUGUUCAAGGUCCCUGGGGUGCUAUUGGGGACUUCAAUGGCAUUUGCACGGCUGAGGAAAAAAUGGGUGGAAGACCUUUCACCCUUGGAGAAAGCUUGGACUUUCUAGACUGCCUGAGUGAGUGUGGGCUUCAAGAUGCAGGAUAUUCUGGUGCUAAAUUCACUUGUCUCUGGUCUAGAGAGACUUAUGGAGACAUCUAUGAGGAGCCAAUAAGACUGGAAGCCCAAAUGAAAGUACUGGAAGAAAAUAGUGUUAUGAACAACACUAAGGCCAACAAAUGUGAACUUUCUAGAUGCAGAGCUGAGUUCACAAAAUAUUUGAAACUUCAAGAUGCCAUCCUAAGACAAAAGGCUAAGGCCAAAUGGUUAGAGGAAGGAGAUGCCAAUACUUCUUACUUUCACAGCACUAUUAAAGAUAGGAGGAGGAGACUCUCUUUAAAGAAAAUUAUGAAUGAGCAGAGUCAAUGGCUUGAAGGAAAUGAUCAAAUUGCUGAAGGAGCAGUGAGCUUUUACCAAAAAUUGUUUAGCCGUGAAAGUGUCGCUAUAGAUACUGAAACUAUCAACUAUUUACCAAGAUGUAUCACUAAUGAGGAUAAUGAGAUGUUGAGUGCUCUGCCAACCCUUCAAGAAGUCAAAGAGUAUGUUUUCUCUUUAGAUCCAGAUAGUGCACGGGGGCCAGAUGGACUCAGUGGAUGCUUUUAUCAAGCAACUUGA